AUGCCUGCAUCGGUAGACACCACUCAGCUCCCAGCACACACCACGGGUAAAGCGGCGGUGCUCGCUAAAGGACAUGCCGCUGAGCACCCGCUAAAACUGUACGGGUCUUGGUUCUGCCCGUUUGUACAACGGGCCUGGAUGGUCUUGCAUGAGAAGCGCAUUCCGUACCAAUAUGUCGAGAUCAAUCCAUACAACAAGGACCCUGAUUUCCUAGCCUUGAACCCGCGAGGAUUGGUGCCGACGUUAGCUGUGGAGGGGGAGAAACCAUUGUAUGAGAGUAUGGUUGUGUGCGAAUACCUAAACGAAGCAUACCCCAACGAAAAUGCGAAUGGUGGGAGCUUGUUUCCAAUUGACGUAUACCAACGCGCCAGAUGCAGGCUCUGGAUUGAUCAUAUCGAGAAGAAAAUCGUGCCGGGAUUCUAUCGCUUCAUACAGCAUACACCCGAGAAAGAGUAUAGUAUUGAAGAUGCGCGCGCAAAUUUUCUAGGUCAUAUUAAGACGCUGGUGCGUGAGAUGGAGUCCAACAAUGGACCGUGGUUCUUGGGACAAUCCUUUAGUUUGGUGGACAUUGCGCUCGCACCUUGGGCGAAGCGUCUGUUUCUCAUCGAUCAUUACAAGCCGGGCGGAGUAGGAAUCCCGGCUGCGGGAGAUGAAGAAGAGGUUUGGGCGAGGUGGAGGACGUGGUUUGAUGCUAUUACUUCGCGAUCGAGUGUGCAGUCCACUUGGAGCGAUGAUGAUCAGUAUAUCAAAGCCUAUAAGAGAUAUGCGGAAGACACAACACAAUCUGAAGUCGCGAAGGCGACCAGGAAGGGUGAGAAAUUGCCGUGA